ACGAAACGCACGACGUAUGUUUAUUCGAGUGCUUUAUUUAUACAAUCUCGUAAUAAAAAUGAAUAACGAUUACGAAUUUUUGUCGGGAAUGUCGAUUAAAGCGACGGCGAUUGUCGGAAUGUGUUACUUUACGCAGAUAUUUGCAAGUAAUAGCGGUUUUCGUCUCACGGUCAGACCGUAUACUCAUAUAGGUUACAAUUCCAGUGAGUAUGUAGAUUUUAAUACCACAAAAUACACAAAAACAAUAUACACAAUGAUUCCUAUUAGCUCAAGAAGCUCUAAACAUAGUAUACUUUUAAUUAGAUGUAAUAUGUUGAAAAUUCAGAUUGUCAAUAGUUAUUAGUUACGCAGUUGAUUCUCGUUGACUCGCGUAACCGCCAAAACAAUUUUGUCGUUCAUCUCGUUCGUUUUGAAGACAGGUUCAGUCCGUUCAGUGUCGAAUAAAUCGCGGAAAGUAUAAGGUUUAAAAUAAUCGACAUUAUGUGCGUAGACACGUUCCAGUGCAAAGCAUGUUUCGUGUAUCGCGACGUGGCAUAUUCGUAAUGUAAAUUCGUGAUUUUUGUGUAAGUAAAGUGAUGUAAGUGAAGUGCGGGUUGAUUUUCGUUCGCUAGUGUCAAUAACAAUAAACGUGAAUUUUGAUGUUCAUCCAUUUUUCGAUGGAACAGCUGCAAGGAAAUCCAAAACCGAUUUUGCAGCAGAUGGACCAAGCAGCAAUAUCCUAUAUAGCUGUUCUCCAGGUGUAAUUGACUAAUGGAAUUGAGAUCGAAAGGCAAAACCGAAGGCAAAAUCUGCAGCAGACGAAGCAGACUACAAUAUCCUAGCUGGUGCAGCUGUGAGAGCGUACUUAGCUAGGAUACAACGACCAAUCAUGGACACGCUGUAUCCGAAUCUGUACGAGCGUUUCAAGACCGAGGGCCUCUGUCCCGUCUGCCUCGUGGAAAUGGAGCUCAUGCCCAGGUACUCAUGCGUCAACGGACACACCAUGUGUCAUCGCUGCAAGCCUUACUACUACGGCUGCCCGACUUGUAUGGCGCCGUUGGACAUCGAGAUUCAGCCGCCACCGCAGACGGACGCGCCAUCGCAGAUACAUUUCAACGCGCAUUCCUCCAUGCCACACGUACGCACCUACAUUCCCAGCGCACCGUCCAUGAACGACUUCCUGGAUCGCGAAAAGAGGGCCUGGGAGUCGUCGUCGGACAAUCAACAGCUCGAGCCGUGCACGUAUUCUCAUCUGGGAUGCUGGGUGAAGCUGCCGGAACAUCUGCGGACUCUUCACGAGUCGAGAUGCCAGUUUCGGCCGCACUUGGAGGAGGAGCGCAUGCCGACCGAUCUCCAUCACAGUCACGAUGAUUUGGUGGAGUGCUCGUAUUCCGCGGUAGGCUGCAAGGUACGAAUGAUGCCGUGGAGACGUAGCAUUCACGAAAAGUUUUGCAAUUACCGGGACAAGUUCGAAAGCGUGAACGCCAUCGGCGACGCAUUCGCGUCCGUGACGAUCGGCGAUAACGAUUACGGCGGCGAUCCCGAAGAAUUGGUGCAGUGCAAGUUCCGGCGAUACGGCUGCACGGUGAGCAUGCCAAGGAGGCGGAAAUACAUUCACGAGCAGAAGUGCAACUACAAGAGCCAUCAGGCGGACGAUGGGUUUUUCCCUUAUCCCUCGGAGCCGGAAUUGGAUCCCGAGGAGCAAGUGGAAUGCAGAUGGUCCGAGCACGGCUGUCGGGUCCGGCCGAAGCGUUACCGCAAGCAAAUUCACGAGGAUAAGUGUAAUUACAGAAUGGUGGAGUGCACGUACAGGGAUUACGGAUGUAAUGCUAUAUUUACGCCAGCGAGGAAAUACGCUCAUGAGGGCAACUGCGAAUUCGCCAAUUAAGCUAACGUUAUCAAUUAGUAAAGUAAUUCUUGCGCGUGGAAAUUCAGAGAAUAUGUGUAUAUUUUAUUAUGUUUUACGGAACGCGCCGGUGGAAAGCACGCACUCUCCUAUUCUUCCGUUGCGACAAACUUGCAACUAAAUCGAUGCUAACGAGUAAUUAACCGAUAAAUCGGACAGAUUUAUAGCAAUUUUAUUAACUGUUUCAUUAACAAGCUGUGUGCGCAAGCCGGAUUUGUCGAGAUAACAAUAAUUAACAACAACAAAGCGGAUUCAAGCUCGGCGUACCAAGACGCAGGACGAUUUUACAAAAGCCAUUAACAGCAAUUUCCAAGAAUCCAUGGGAUAAUACGAAAGGAGGAUUAUUUACUCUCUCUCUCUCUCUCUCUCUCUCCGCGUCUCUCUCGUUAUUCUCCAUCCCAUUCUCGCGCGAGAUAGUGAGACUUGCGCCUGUCGUUCGGGGGAUCAUCUUGAGCAUGAUCGCCCGGAAUGAGGGAGUGAUGGCGUGGCUGGGAUAUCCAACACCUGCAGGCUAAUGGCAGGCCUCCCCGUGCGCUCACGAUCACUCGACGAAACGACACCUACACGAUUAUAGCGACCAUUUAUAACGUCGGCGCGUGCAAAGGAUGGGAACGGCUUGAUACGCGAUUAUCCUGAUGAUAUCCCGGCGUCUCGAAGUGUUAGUCUCGAAGUCAAUAAAACAAGUUGAUCAAGCCGAGCAAUUCGCAAUUUCUAAAGAAAUUAUAAUUUUGUAUAUAUCUAAUUUGUGGUAUUUUAAUGGUUUUAAUCAACGGGCAUUUAUGGUAACCUAUUAAGUUAAAUUAUUAAUUUAGAUGUUAAAAAAGGAAUUAUAAUUUUGUAAAUAUCUAACUUGUGAUUUUUAGCGAUUUUAAUCAACGACAUUUGUGAUAAAUUGUUAAAUUUAAACAAGCAUUUAAUAUUAAAUUAUUAUAAAUGCAUUUAAUAUUGAAUUAUUUUAAAUGCAGAAUAAUUUUUCACUGCGGUAUUAUUACUCUUACGGCGAUAAAUUUGAUAAUAUAAAAUAACGUUUAUUCAAUAUGCUGCGUGCAAGAUAUUGAAAAAUCAGCAAUGUUCAAAGCCUGCAAAUAAAGGGCGCAAACGAAG